GAGAGAGAAAGAGAGUGUGUGUGUGUGUGUGUGAGAAAGAGUGUGUGUGUGAGAGAGAGAGAGAGAGUGUGUGUGUGUGUGUGUGUGUGAGAGAGAGAGAGAGAGAAAGAGAGUGUGUGUGUGUGAGAGAGAAAGAGAGUGUGUGAGUGUGAGAGAGAGAGUGUGUGUGUGUGUGUGUGAGAGAGAGAGAGAGAGAGAGAGGGUGUGUGUGAGAGAAAGAGGGAGUGUGUGUGUGAGAGAGAGAGAGUGUGUGUGUGUGUGUGAGAGAGAGGAACAUCUCCCUCAUGCUGGAGCUUCAGACCAGGCUUUACUUCUCUAAACCAGCCGCAGCUUCAUCCAGUUCCUCACCCGUUCAUUUUCACGCGUUUAUUCACCUGUUCGGCGGAUCUGUGUGGAUUGUACUGGUUUUACUGGGAUCACUGGGUUUAUGUAGCGGUUUGCUGUGGAAACACUGGAGCUCGGCAGCAGAAGAGACGCUGCGGAUCUUCUCGGGGUCUUACAGGGAUCUUAAACAACUUCGGAUCGCAGCACAGCGCGUCGUGUUCAGGUGUUUUGAGGGGUUUUGGCCCGUUUAGGGCAGAAGCCGCCGCUGUAACCGGAACCUGAGCCACAACAUUCAACUCUGAACGAGACGAAGAGAGAAAAAGUGACGGAGUGGAAAUAAAAACAGAAGAGCUGAGGGUCUCAACGCCACGAUGGCUCUGACCGACAAACACAAAGUGAAGAGACAGAGACUGGACAGAAUCUGUGAGGGUAUCAGACCUCAGAUCAUGAACGGCCCGAUGCAUCCGCGCCCGCUGGUGGCUCUGUUGGACGGGCGAGACUGCACUGUAGAGAUGCCCAUCCUUAAAGACCUGGCAACCGUGGCGUUCUGCGAUGCUCAGUCCACACAGGAGAUCCACGAGAAGGUACUGAACGAGGCGGUGGGUGCUAUGAUGUAUCACACCAUCACUCUGACCCGGGAGGAUCUGGAGAAGUUUAAAGCUCUGCGCAUCAUCAUCCGCAUCGGCAGCGGCUACGACAACAUCGACAUCAAAGCCGCGGGAGAACUGGGCAUCGCGGUGUGUAAUAUACCAUCAGCGGCGGUCGAGGAGACGGCGGACUCCACCAUGUGCCACAUACUGAACCUGUACCGAAGAAACACAUGGCUGUACCAGGCUCUCCGGGAGGGCACGCGGGUCCAGAGCGUCGAACAGAUCAGAGAGGUGGCGUCUGGAGCGGCACGAAUCCGCGGGGAGACGCUCGGCCUGAUCGGCUUUGGCCGGUCGGGGCAGGCAGUAGCAGUCAGAGCGAAGGUGUUUGGUUUUAGCGUGAUAUUUUACGACCCGUACCUGCAGGACGGACUGGAGCGCUCGCUGGGUGUACAGAGAGUGUACACGCUGCAGGACCUGCUGUACCAGAGCGACUGUGUAUCGCUGCACUGUAACCUUAACGAACACAACCAUCAUCUGAUCAACGACUUCACCAUCAAACAGAUGCGCCAGGGAGCGUUUUUGGUGAACACAGCUCGAGGCGGACUGGUGGAUGAGAAAGCUUUAGCGCAGGCUCUGAAGGAGGGGAGGAUACGAGGAGCGGCGCUCGACGUGCAUGAGAACGAACCCUUCAGUUUUGCGCAGGGACCUCUGAAGGACGCCCCUAAUUUGAUCUGCACUCCACACACAGCAUGGUACAGCGAGCAGGCGUCUCUGGAGAUGAGGGAGGCAGCGGCUACAGAGAUCCGCAGAGCAAUCACAGGUCGAAUCCCGGACAGUUUGAGAAACUGUGUGAAUAAGGAGUUUUUCGUUACCAGUACAGCCUGGGGGGUGAUGGAGCAACAAAAUGUGCAUCCGGAGCUUAACGGCGCCGCCUACAGGUUCCCACCGGGAAUGGUCGGGGUGGCACCAGGGGGCAUCGCGGCAGCCAUGGAGGGCAUCGUGCCGGGCGGAGUGCCUGUCACACACUCGCUACCGUCGGUCACACACCCCUCGCAGGCGCCUUCUCCAAAUCAGCCGUCCAAACACGGAGAAAGCAGAGAACACCUGACUGAGCAAUAGCACCGCCCGCACACACACACUCAUACACACACACACACACACACUCAUACACACAGACCACUGUAGCACAGACAGACAUAGCCAAUGCACAAGCUAAUGGAGACACACUUUCAUACACACCAGAUUACUGUCAGCCUAGAGUGAAGUGUCUUUCCAAUAAACCACCUACUUCCGGGACCAUCACACACACACACACACACACACACACACCUACUGCAGCUCCAUUCUCGGGACUGAACUUUUCCACUGAUCUUUGUUUUUGUUUGUUUAAUUUUUGGAAAAACGGACGAGGCUUGGAAGUGACAGCAGAGUUACAAAGACCUUCCUCCAGUCCAUUCCUGUCUCACUGACCAGUGCGAGAGCUCCACAUGAUGUGUUAUUUCCAUUAUCUUUUUGACCCCCCCCCCCUUACUGCAAAAGAAUAAUUUUAGCUUUGAAAAGUGGUUAGAUAUUAAACAGAUAAAGAAAAUAACAUAAAGGAACGCCCACCAGCAGGUGAUCUACCUGACAUUUUCCUGGCCACGCCCACCUAACAUGAUAAACACACCUUCUGGCUGAGGAGAAACAACACACCAAACAUCCACUGUGAGUUCAACAUGAAUAUGGAUGUAUUGAUGCCGAAAAACAGAUCAUCAGCACCUGAGGAAUUCUCCCGAUCAGGACAACAACCCUGAUGAUCAUGAGAAAUACGACGUGGACAUGAAUCCAGGCAUCCAGACACAGAAUGCAGGGGAUGAACAUCCAAUCCAGCAUUUAUUUUGUUCUCAUGACUUGACUUUUCCAGUGCAUUGAAGCAGGACAGUAUUAUCAGAUUAUCAGAUGUUUUGUGUUGUUUUGAACACAAGGGACAUUUCAACACACCUUGAUUCUUCGGGACUUGCAGCAAAUCAGAGACGUCUACAAGCUUGAAGUGUGUUUCAUCAACAGUAAUACAGGGUGUCCACUUUUUUAUUUAAUUAGUCUAAAUGAAAAGACAAACUGGAAGCUUGGGUGGCGCAGACGACUCGUAUGCUAGCCCACCGUCAGUGACCUGGUUAGAAACAGUAGUGCGGUACUUUGUACAUUUUGUUUUCUAUUUAUUUAUGCAUUUUCUCCCGAUUUAGUUUAGUCUAUCUGUCUUCCGCUGCUGGGGAUCCCUGAUUGCAUUAGAGGAGGGUAUAUUUGGUAUAUUUUCUGCUCACGCCUCCGACGACCCCUUCUUUUCGCCCAUGCUUUCUGCACAGGUAACCCCCCGCUAACCAGGGACCUUACACAGCGUUUGAAGACCCCAUCCACUUAUAGUCCGGUCAGGCCACGGAAUCACUGACCCACUGGGAAGGACAUUAAUCCAUCGCGGCGCCUCGGCCAACCCCAAACCUCAGACAUAGUCAACUGUCUGUUUGUAGACAUCCAACAGAUGAUUGCACUGCUGGGGAUUUGAACCCUAAAUCCCAGCAGGAGUGGGCUAGCGAGAUUUACCACUGCGCCAUCCGAGCAGCCUGUUAUUAUUAUUAGCCUAUUGUUGUUAUUAUUAUUUAGGAUCAUAUGUGUAGAAAUCAUUUGGACACCUGGUAUAUUUUCAGGAGGGCAGGAGAAGGAGCAGGAAAAAGAGUUACCACAUCAACUUCAUUCCACAAUGACUCAGGAAAACAAAACGCUAUUGUUCGGUCUUUAUUUUUGGCAUUUAAUGUGUGUGGGGGGGUGAGCUGAUGAAAAUGAACUGCGAUAUUCUGACCUCCCUCUUCCUCGUUGUGCUAUUUUUUAUAAAGCGGACGUCCCAUGUUUUUUGGUGUUUAAAAGAAAACGAUAUUUAAAAGAGUUUUGCAGUCCAGAUAGGUUUGUAAUGCUUAGAUCAAUGUUCCUAUAACACUAGUCUGAUGUGAUCUGCUGACUCUCUCUCUCUCUCUCUCUCUCAGUUCUGUUGUUUUUGAGAAUGAAGGCCGUCCUGUCGAGUUACAGAAUCGGAGCAACAUUUGCAAAAAAAAAAAACAACCUUCAGUCGUCAGCACUAUUAAUUUGUUUUGUUUUUCUUAUUUUUUGGUUGUUUUUGGUUUGUUUGGGGGUUUUAGCGUGAGUAUUUGUAUUUGUUUCUUGUAAAGGUGAACAUUUAGCGGUCGGUGCAGUUCCAAAAUAAAAGAGUUCUGAGAUCUGA